UCUUUCAUUUACUGGGCGGUUACAAAAUCCCAUGCUGAACUGAUCGUUCAUUUAUGAAUUAUCUGAUAUUACAUAUGUUUACAAGUAAAUAAAUGUUAUCCAGGCUUUUAAAAUAUUUUCUUCGACAAAAUAUUUUCAAAAAUAGACCGUCCUCGCUGCUGUGCACAAUGUCGACAGAGCCAUGUAAACCAGAUACAGCAGGGAACCCUCUGAUAGGCGUUUGUCAACUCUCAUGCACAGCGGACAAGAAGCAGAAUUUUCAAAAGGCUAAAUCACUCGUUGAAAAGGCAGUUUUCAGAGGUGCAAAGAUGGUUUUUCUUCCUGAAGCAAUUGACUACAUUGGUGAAACAAAAUCUCAAAGUGUUGAGUUCGCAGAAAGUUUGGAAGGGGAGACAAUUUCUGGAUACCAAGAUCUGGCUAGGAAGGAGGGUAUUUGGCUGUCUCUGGGAGGAUUCCAUCAGAAGAGUGAUGAUAAACAGAGAGUCUUAAACACACAUGUUAUUAUCGACAAUCAAGGACAGAUCAGAGACACAUACAGCAAAACACAUUUAUUUGACCUUGACAUAAAAGAUCAGGUCAGGCUAUGUGAAAGUGACUAUACAAUCCCAGGGAACAAAGUUUCCUUUCCUGUUAAAACUCCAGCUGGAAAUGUUGGCAUGGAAAUUUGUUAUGACCUGAGAUUUCCCGAGUUGUCAUUGGUUCUAGCCCAGCAGGGAGCAGACAUACUAACUUUUCCCUCAGCUUUCACUGUGACCACUGGUAUGGCCCACUGGGAGGUUUUACUCCGGAGUCGUGCAAUAGAGACACAGUGUUAUGUGGUGGCAGCAGCUCAGUUUGGCAAACACAACAGCAAGAGGGUGUCUUAUGGACAUUCCAUGGUCAUUGAUCCGUGGGGAGCUGUGAUUGCUCAAUGCAGUGAUGGGGUUGAUGUCUGUUUUGCUGAGAUCAACUUAAACAUGAUUAAAAAGAUCCGGGAUGAGAUGCCCAUAAUGAGACACAGAAGGCCAGAUCUAUACGGAUUCUUACAGUCAUAUAACAAAGGCAAUAUCGAUGAUACCUUUCAUUAUCAGUUUGGCCAGCACUCAAUUGGAUGUGGACAGGUGUUCUACAAAACAGCUCUUAGCUUUGCCUUUGUUAACAUCAAACCAGUGCUUCCAGGUCGUGUCCUCGUGUCUUCCUUGCGCCCAGCAAAACGUUUUAGUGACCUGACAUCAGCUGAGGUAGCUGAUUUAUCUUUGUGUGUUCAGCGAGUUUGUAGAGCAGUUGAAGCCCACUUUAAGGGGACAUCAUUGACGAUUGCUGUGCAGGAUGGCCCCGAUUCUGGACAGACAGUAGAGCAUGUUCAUUUCCAUAUAUUACCCAGAAAACCAGCUGAUAUCCCAAAUAACGAUGAUGUGUAUCGAGAGCUGGCUAAACAUGAUCAGGAUAUCCAAGCAAUUAAUCGCAGGUCAGAGGAAGAAAUGAAUAGAGAAGCUGCAGAACUGAGACAUUACUUCUUGUGAUAAGAUGACAGAUAUAAACUAUUAGCUUUUCUGAUUUGUGUAAAGACUUUUCCUGAACUGCAAAAUAUUUUAACCUUUGUUGGCAACACGGACAUUAAAAUUGGAUAUUAUGAUUUGCACAGUAACCAGAGGGAUCAUAUUGUAGUUUAUGUAGAGUUAAUCAAAUUUUAGAGAAACCUCCAUUUUUUCAGUUACUGAUAAGUUAGAUGAGGAAAUCGUCUUUAAUUCAUGACAGCUGCGAAUAUCCAAAUUCAUCAAGGAAAUGUUCCUUUAAACUCACCAGACGUAGUUUGUUUUUGUCUCUUGUCAUUCCUGAAGGAAGUCUAGCUAGUUUUGGGGUUAUUGUGUAUUAAUCGAAAACCAAGUGCCAUGAUGAUUUGUCACAUUUUUGUCACAUUUUGCAAAUAAUUGCUGCAUUUUAUUGCUAAAAAGCACAAUGUGUGGUGCAUUUUUUUCAAUAUGUUUGUAUUAUUUAUAUUCAGUAUUGUUUAUAUUCAGUAAAACACGGUUAUAACGAACACGCUUAUAAUGAAUUGACGCUUACAGCGAAGUGUUUUUCAUUCCCCGUGACUUUAUUACAUGUUGUAAACUUGACGGAUAUAACGAAUUACGCAUAUAACGAAGUAAAAUUGAACGUCCCUGGGACUUCGUUAUAAGCGUGUUUUACUGUAGUUUUAAAAGAGCAAUACUAAUCAAGCACCCUGAUAUAAUUCAGAUUUAAGAAAUUUACGUUUUAUUUCCGAAAAUGUCUUGGAAAAAAUAUUUUCUUUGAAUAUGUACCCUGAGUGCACAUUCAACAUACAUUUCUAGAUUUUUUCCUAAGUAUAAACGAUCUAAUGACUCCAAACAUGCCUUGUAUUACUUGUUGUCUAACGUCCGUCUUAUCAAAAUGUGUCGUUCAGCAUUUUGACGCCCAGUGGGUUUCUUUUUUCCACCUAUUGUCAUCAUACUCAAACAAAUAUGUUCAAUGUUGUUAAACUGCUUAUUCACAAAACCCAUUUCUAAUCGAUUUUGUUACUUUUGUUUACUUCAAAAGCCGCGUAUUAUUUGCUUCAAGGUCUAUACACAUUGAUUUCUUGGUUUUAAAUGAUUGGGAACUUAUGGGUCGAAUUCGACUAAAAAUAGAAUUCUUAAAAAGUCGAACUAUUCAAUAAAAUUAUUUUGUACGUAGA